AUGGAAAGGAUAUCCAUAUGGAAAUAUUGUACGAAUGGUACAGGUUUAACCGAAUUUGGGUUACGUUUCAGUGAUUUAAACUCUUAUAGGAAUGGAUUAUUAAUGUACACAAGUAUUGAACAAGCAUUUGAUCGAAAAGAAUUAUGCUUUAUCUAUAAUCCAUUUCAAGGUGAAUUGGUACUAAAAAUCUUACAUAAAGGUUAUGGUGGUAUUAUGGAAACUAUGGUUUUAGAUAAAAAUGAUCAAAAUUUAUAUAAAAAUUAUAUAAAAUUCAAAGAUAUUGACGGAAAGGCCUUAAGUUUGCCUUUAAAUGUUUAUCCAUUUAGAAGAUUAUUGAACUGGGAUGCCAGAUGUGCUCACGAAUAUGCCAAAAACAAGAAAUGGAUACCGGAAAAUGACAAUUUUGAAGAUUUUUAUGAUUUAUCGGAUUUAGUAUCUCUUCCUGGCGAUGAUUUAAAUGAACAAGAAAUUUAUUAA